UAUUUGAAUAUUUUAUGACUAAAAUCCAUUCGGCUCUUCGCGGGUUUUAAACACCUCUGAUCGAAAUACCCGGAUGGCUAGCCUGCGCAUUAGUCAUAUUUCAUUUGGGAUUGUUAUUUCUCAAGGUUUUGAGAGGACAAAACACACAAACAGAAUGACUCCAUAACCUAAGACAUUAUAGGCUUUUAAGCUUCCAGCUUAUUAUAUACAGCAUGAUGCUUGCAGAUAAAAGUUCUAAUGUAUUCUGUGAUUAUAUUGGAUAAACAUGGACACCCAACGUGGGAAAAAGAAGAUCAAAUUUGGCGUAGAUAUUUUUCAUGGCGAAUGUCCUGAAGAUUUACCUCUGGUUCAGUUAGCUGAUCUAGAUGAAGAACUAGUUGCUAGUUAUACAGGACCUGAUAAAGGAUUGGCCUAUCUACUAGAUGAAACAAAAGAAAACAAUGGAAAUGUUAGUACCAUGGUGGCUGGAGUUGAUGGUUGGAAUAAGAAGGAACAACAGGCAUAUGGUAUAUGUAUAUCAUUAUAUGAACAACAUCCAGUCAAUAAGAAAAUGUCAGGAGAUCCUGUAGCAGAUGCAUUUUCUAUUUGUGCUAGGAAGAAUAAUACUAUAAUGGUGAUAGCUGAUGGCGUAAAUUGGGGAGAGAAAUCACGAUUAGCAGCUAGAUGUUGUCUUUAUGGUAGUAUGAACUAUCUGAACAACCAAAUAUUUCAGCAAAAGAAUUAUCCAUCAUCCACUCAGGAAGCCUUGACCUUAUUAAGAGAAUCUUUAGAUGAAGCUCACAGGUUCAUAUUACAAAAAGAUGGUGGUUUAACAACUGUGUGUGCUUGUUUAAUAUGUCCUGUAUCAAACUCCGAUCAAUACGCUGUCUGUUGUGUUAAUGUUGGAGACAGUUUCGGUUUUAUAUAUAACGUCAAUCAUGGCAUUCGCGAAGUAACAAUAGGAUCCCAUGAUGUUUCCUCCGAGCGUGAUAUAAGAGAUGCUGGAGGGGCUUUAGGACCUGUUGAUGGCAUUAAUCCAGAAUUACAUAAUUUAACAUGUUCAUUGUCAUUCUGUAAUGCCGGAGACGUGGUAUUUCUGACAACCGAUGGAAUCUCAGAUAACUUUGACCCUGUUGUGACGAAAAUAGCAAUAGCUCAAAGUUCUCCAGAUGCUAAUCUCAACUCCACAAGUGCUGAUUUUCAUUGUUCAAAACCAGAAAUGUCACCGAGAGAGAGACACAUAUACUCGAUGAAAGAAAUGGAAAGAGUUGUGCAUGAAUUCGAGCUUAUAACAGAAGAGCAGUGCUCUGCUCAGGAACUGUGUGGAUCUUUGGUCCAACAUGUGCUAACUUUGACUGAUGAUAAACGUAAAAUUCUCGAGAAUCCAGCUCUGUAUUCAAGACGACGUCUCACAGUCUCGGAGAAACAAGUACGGGACUCUGAAAUAGUUCGGAAAAUGGCCAGUGCUCCUGGUAAAUUAGAUCAUGCUUCCAUUGUAGCAGUUGAAAUUGGUGCAUUUGAAGAUAAAGAUGAAGAAAAUGAUGAUGAAGAUGAUGAUGAUGAAUGUGAACUUGAUGAUGGUGUAGAUGCCACCUUUACGUCGAUUGAUACGUCUUGUUUGUCUCAAUCUCCAGGCCACCGUUCCAAAAAAUCCGGAGCUCGCAAAUUUUUCUCACGGAUCAGAAAACUCUCGUCUCCCACAACCUUACCAGCAGAACAUACACUGACAUUAGUCAAUUCCCCCAAAAAAUCAAAUACCAGUACAAAAGCUAAAUCAGAACAUAAAGCAUCCUCUCCCACCUCCCCUAAAUUACCAGGAAUUAUUUUUGAUAAUAAAUUUGAGGCGAGAUCAUGUAAAGCCGAAUACAAGUCCAAAAGACCAUACCAAAGAAGCAUGUCUUACGAAUCUAAUGUAUAAAUGGUAGCAUAUUUUUAUGGCAAAUGUAAUAUACAUGUAUACCAUGAUGAUAUAUUUUGAAAAGAGUUGUGACACAAACUGUAUGCAAAAUGCAUGCCUUUUAUUUAUUUAGUCUUUGUAUUACCAUGGUUCUAUUUUUCCAACCCAAACAUCUUCAAUACCAGUUAUUUAUCCUAUCUAUAUAUAUACAUUAAUGACAUGUAAGUAUUUAGUAUUUAUGUGUGUUUUUUUAAACAAGGUCGAUUACUAGUAGUUAAAGAUAUAUUUCCUUCAAAGUCCAGAAUUACUAAUAAUUAGAAAAUUUAUUCAUGACUACAGAAAUUUUGGGGGGGUUUCCAAAAACAUUAGAUAUGUUGGGGUAGUAGUCUAGCAGUAUGGGCAUUGGCCCCUGGGCUAGAAUGUUUCGGAUUCAAAAUCUGGUUCCUACUAUUCAGGGGUAGUGCUUACAGUGUUGCUUAGUCAUUUGGACAGGACAAAAAUAAAAACGAUGUCCGCACAUGUUCGCAUUGAUAUGCACAUAAAAGAACCCAUGACAUUUGGAAUUCGCUGAAGAGUAGCAGGAAAUGCUGCCAUUUGAAUAAAAUUCGCUUGCCUAGCAUUGCACACUUGACCAUAGAAAAAAACUGACUAUAUUUUAGUCUCAAAGUGAGAAAAGUAUUUUGUUGACUAGGAGUUCAAACCUCUUCCAUACAUUUUAGAUAAUAAUUUUAAGACGGCAAGUGAAUGAGCACACUAGCAAGAAAACAAACAUGCAUCACUAGGUAACAAUGGAGGAUUUUGUGGACUGAAUAGUCAUAGAUAACCAAAUUAUUCUUAAGGAAAUUUAUCUUUAAUCUGUUAUGAUUGUUGUACAAUAGAUGAUGAAUAAGGAGGAAAUAAAUUUAAAAUCAAACGAGAAAUAUCAAUUGCCUUAUUCACAUGAUUCAUGACACAGGUCAAACAGUGUUAUAUUUUAAAUAUUUAUCAUUAUUUAAUCAACAUGUAGUGCAACUUGGCCUGUGAAAAACAAUAUGUGACAUGAAAUUGGUGCAACAUGAUGCAGAUCUUAGAAUUUUGACAUAUUGUACAUGUAUGUUUGAAGUUAAUUAAUUUAUGAGAGACUAAUAUAUUGCCAGUUAAUGGAGAACUGAAUCUUAACAGAAAUAGUGCAACUUGGCCUAUGAAAAACAUUAUCUGACAUGAAAAUGGUGCAGCUUUAUUCAAAUCUUUAAAUUCUAAUAUAUUGUAUGCUGAAGUAUAAAAUAUAAUUUAUAUAUCCAUUAUUUCAUGGGUAUUUGCAAUGGAGGACAUCAAGUUUAAAUAUAAAUAUCAAAACCAAACAUAAAAAAAGAACAAUUGGUUAUUUCUGUAAAUGUUUUAAAUAUAGUUUAGUAGUAAGAAUAGUGUUAUAAUAGUUGUUUUAGUAAUAUAGUAAUAUACCUUUCUUUAAUUACCUGAUUUUUUCAUCUGGUUUAAUUAGAGUAUUAAUAAAUAAGUAUAUUUAUUUGUAUUAAAAGGAUAAGUCAACAAAACACUUUAUCUACUCAAUAAAUAACUAAUGAAUUAAAUAAGGAAAUGUUAUUAUGAAUAACGCAGUUAAUGUUAUAUUAUGUAUAGUAACAAUGCACCAUUCAAAUUAAAAUGCUCAUCUAGGUCAAUAUUAAACAGUAAUUAGAACAUGGAAAUAGAAACAGUAGCUCACUUAUAAACAUUAGGUAUAUAACAUCUUUAAAAGGCAUUUAGUGAAAGUGAUACAUAAUAACAGACAGCUUUAUGAAUAACAUUCACUAGGUUUAUUAACUACAACGUUUCAAUCAGGAUACUCUCACCGUUAUCAAGCAAUGAUACAAUGUCUGUUAUUAUUAGAUAUAUAUUAGAGAUAAGUGAUAUUAGAAUAAUACCUAGAAAGACAUUUAUUGAUUAAACAUUGGGUUGAUUCAGGUUGUUUACAACAUUCUCUAGGCAGUGGAGAAAGAACAGAAUCCUACCAUUGUCUGGAAAUCUGAUGGAACAGAUAAUAUGCAUUUCAAUGAGUUCAAAACAUAGUCAAUUUAUAGCCAGUAUUAUACAAGCUAUCUAUCCCAGUCACCACAUUGCGGGUGCAUGCAAUUUUUCAUUUGCUCAUCUACUUUAAGAAUUUUGUAAAAAAAUAUGUCCUUGUAUUUAAAUUGUACAAACAAUUGUUCAGUCAAUUUCGCACAGGAGUUAAAAAUGGAGUCUGUGUAUAUAUUUCUUUAGAGAGUAGGUCAGGAACUACCAGGAUUUGGAAUCCAAAUAGUUAUACAGUGUCAAGAAAUUUGAAUUUAAUAGCAUCAUGGACAUAUGGAAUCUUUCAUGGUGUAAAUAUCAAGAAACAUAAUUUCAGAGAUUUAAACCUCCGAUUUCAUUUCAGCUCUACAAAUCUUAAACAUACAUUAUGCAAGAGCUAAACCAGACUAUUGCAGGUCUUUCUUUACAGCCUGAAAUGUUUCUAAGUUAUUAAUUAGUUAUUAAUUAACUGAUCCAGGUCAUAAUCAACUCUCGAUGGCAUCGGAUUUCUCCAAUAUUAAAUAGAUUAGAACGGUUCUGCCAUAUUUUAAUUUAUUUUAAAAAUGUAGAAGCGAGGAUUAGCUUCCAAGUUUAAUAUCUUCGCUCGCUAUAGAGUAAUUAUAUAUUUUCGAACUAUUAUAGCAAGAAUGACUAGCUCUUACAUAAUGUAUCUUUAAGGUGGGUGGUAUUAAUGUCUGUAUCCAUAAAUCUUAUAAAAAGGUUGCUUUGUGUGUUGUCAGAUAUAUAACGGGUGUACUUGGUUAGACAACCUGGAAAUAGUCAUUUUAGAUGUACCCACAAAAUGUCAGGCAUAAAUGAAGAUGCAGCUAACUGUAUGCACUUUGUGCUAGACGUUUUAAAAUAUGGAUAAAAGAGGAGUGGUGUCCGACAAAGUCUGUAUUUGUGCCUGACAUUGUCUGUGACAGGUGCCUUAUUUCCAGGCUUGUAAAAUGGUUAGACGUGGGAUAUGGAAUUCUCAAUAAGAUUGGAUUCUCUUCUACUUAAAACUGUAUAUAAAAGUUUCAGCAUUGAUUUAAUAGAAAAGAAUUAUCAGACUUUCAUUUAUUGAAGAGAAAAACUUGACAUUUUCCUAUAGGUUGUUUGUGUUCUAUCUGUAAAAUAUUUAUUAUACAUACAUGUAGAUAUAUUAUAUGUAAUGUGUAGAUGUUAAAAUAAUUCUAUAAAAUCAUUUGAAAAUCA